GAUGAGAGAGGGCAGAGAGCCCAAACUCCAGAUAGGGAGAGUUUCAGUAGCAACUCCAAGGGUCUUCAAGAUGUAGAAGAUAGGGGGAGUGUGUUCAAGGGCGUGUAUAGCUCUUGGGGUACGGUAGAGUAAUCUUCUAGGAUUGAGAGAGGGUGUACAAGGGGUAUCCGAUUGGAUACAAGGCUCGGGUUGGGUAUAAACACGAGUGCUCAAGUUGUGUAUAAAUUUGAGCGGUGUAAUCUUGUACUUGUGUAAUUCUCUCAAUAGUGAAGAUGAAAACUCUCUGAGGACGUAGGCAAGGAAAUUGGCCGAACCUCGUUAAAUCUUGUUGUCUUAUUGGUUUGCUUAUUUCUUCUUUCCAUCUCUACUAGUAGUACUUGCGUGACGAGGGGAUUUAUUUCCCAACAAAAGGCCCCACUACUGCAGUACUGCUGCCCAUCAGACCACGCUGAUAGUGAAAAACACGUGCAAUGCAUCAAAUACAUUGAACCCGUACUGAUAGAGAUCACACAUGCAAAUGAAAAACAUGCAUGUACAAUUAUAUCAUGCACAAUUGCAUACGGACAUUCAUCGCACAUGUUUUUCACGCCCAUGCAGUGUUUAUAUAAAACCAAAAUACGUAAACUGUUGCAUACUUUUCUUUCAUUUUCUUAUUUCCAUUAUUUGUUAUUUCCCGUGCCACCUUAACUAGUAUAUAUAUGGACCGGAGUCUUCUUAAUUAGCAGCUGAAUUCGUGUUUAAAGAGGAAGAGCAUUUGAAACUUUGAAAGCAAACAUCCAAUGGAGGUGGAGCAAGUCCUUCACAUGAAUGGCGCAGAUGGGAGAACAAGCUAUGCAAACAACUCGCUUCUUCAAAGAGCAGUGAUUUCAUGGGCGAAGCCCAUUGUAGAUGCAAGCAUAGAGAAGCUGUGUUGCGCCAACCUCCCUGCAGAGUGUUUGAGGAUAGCUGACUUGGGAUGUUCUUCAGGACCAAACACCCUUUUAGUCGUAUCAAAUGUCAUAGACAAGAUCCAGAAUAUGUGUCAAAAUUUGAACCGUCGACCUCCAUCGCUCCAAGUAUUUUUGAAUGAUCUUCCCCAAAACGACUUUAACACAGUAUUCAAAUCAUUGCCAGGCUUCUACAAAAAACUCGAUGAAAGGAAGUGGCCGGAGCCAUGCUUCAUUGCAGGAAUGCCCGGUUCUUUCUAUGGCAGGCUCUUUCCUAAGAAUUCUGUCAACUUUUUUCACUCUUCUUACUCUCUGCACUGGAUCUCUAAGGUUCCAAAAGGUUUGGUAACAGAAGGACUCAACGAGGGAAACAUAUGCAUAGCCAAGACAAGCCCACCUUCUGUGUUUAAUGAAUACUUUGAACAAUUUAAAAACGACUUCACAGUGUUUCUAAGGUCUCGUGCAGAAGAGUUGGUCCCUCAGGGUGGAAUGGUCCUCACAAUCAGGGGCAGCAUAAACAGUCAUGAACCCCACUCUAUAUGCGAAUGUCUUGGAUUGAAAAUCAAUGAUAUGGUUUUAGAGGGUUUGAUUGAAAAGAAAAACUUGGACUCCUUCAAUAUUCCAUACUACGAACCUACAAUGGAGGAACUGAUGGAGCUGAUCGAGGCCGAAGGAUCCUUUAGGUUGCAGGACCUUCAAGUUUUUAAACAUGAUUGGGACUCUUUUAUAAAGGAAGCUGAUAGUGGUCUCGAUAAGAAAGCAAGGGCGGGUAUAUUCUCCACUCACAUUAGGUCUGUGGUGGAGCCUUUUCUGGUCAGUCACUUUGGAGAGGGAGUCAUGGAAGAUUUGUUUCGCAGGUUCGAAAAAGAUGUUCUUGAUUACAUGGAAAAGGAGAAGUGCCAGUCUAUCGAUAUGGUUCUUUCCUUGACAAAGGAGUAUUGAGUAACUUGAAUAAUCGAGAAUAUGCAUUGUUGUGGUUAAGGAUAAACGUUUCUACAUUUAAUUAGAAGCCACGGCCUCGUAGUCUUAAAUUGUGUCAUUUUUUAUUACUAUGUUUCUAAUAUUAAACAUCAAUAAGGCUUUGGAUGAGGCUUUGGAUGCUCGUGUCCUCAAGGUUGGAAGACACACGUGGCUCACAUCUUGGCUCAGGAAGCCAAGAACAUUGACUUUCAGAUAGAUUUCUUUUCAAAUAUUCCUCUGUCUGUGGAGGCUAUAUUAAUCUCGGAUUGUAAUGAUGCUCAAUCAAUGAAUUAGUCUUUCAUUCCCCUCAAAAAAAAAAAAAUAAUAAUAAAAAAUAAGAUACGAUUUCAAGC